UACUCCGGCCGCAUUUUAUCUUAUUGCCUGCGUUUCUCUGCAUCGCUGCAGUGAUGCCGAUGCUAAAUCUGAUUAUGCAUCACUGCAUUUCUGCCGCAUGCACUGGACGCGAUGCAUCAGCAGCGCGGCUACUCACAGCCGCCGGGAUCCGACCUUGCGGGGACUCCCCUCCAGCCGGCCGGCCGGUCACGUAAAUUCGGAGGCGCGCGGCAGCCACGGGCGCGGGAACGCGCACUGUCCGGCGGAGCGGCGGUCGGCGGAAGGCGGAAGGCCCGGUCCGGAAUGGGGGCUCUGAACAGCCGACGGGACGCGGCGGUGGAGGAGCUGGACAUCCCGGCCGGCUCUGUAUACCGGUACCCGCCCAAAUCCGGGAACUACUUUGCUAGCCAUUUCAUCAUGGGAGGACAGACGUUUGACUCUGCUCAGCCUGAGGGAUUCCUGUUUGGGGAGAACUCUGACCUCAACUUCUUGGGAGCUCGGCCGGUCACUUUCCCAUACGCUGCUCCUCCGCCUCACGAGCCGGUGAAAACCUUGCGGAGUCUGAUCUCCAUUCGGAAGGACACGCUGAGACUGGUGAGAUGCCCAGAGGAAGUGCAGAGCCCAGGGGAGGACAGUUCCGUACCAAAAGUUCCCUACAACGUUGAGUUCACCUUUGAUGCUGACGCGCAAGUGGCCAUAACCAUCUACUACCAGGCCACUGAGGAGUUCCACAAUGGCUGUGCCAGCUACAUCUCGAAGGACUGCUCCCUACAGUCGGAGACUGUCCAUUACAGGCGUGGCGUCUGCCAGCAAUUCUGUUUGCCAACUCACACCAUUGAUCCUUCGGACUGGAUGGACGAGGAGCUGGUCUGUAAUACUGAUGGCACCGUAUACCCAAUGGUGAUCCAUGCAGUUGUGGAUGAAGGAGAAGAACACACGGGCCACUCCCACGUGCUCCUGACCACCUUCGACAAGAGCCCAGACGGCAACUGCUCGGUAAAACCACUCAAACAGAAGCAGGUGGUCGAUGGCGUCAUUUACCUAUUGCAGGAGAUCUAUGGCAUCGAGAACAAGUCCAACAGCCAGGAGCUGAAGGUACCCGACGACGAACUCAGUGACAACAGUGCCGAGUGUGUGGUGUGUCUCUCUGACGUCCGCGACACCCUCAUCCUGCCCUGCCGACACCUGUGUCUCUGUAACGCCUGCGCCGACACCCUGCGCUACCAGGCCAACAACUGUCCCAUCUGCCGGUUGCCCUUCCGCGCUCUCCUACAGAUCAGAGCAAUGAGAAAGAAGCAGGAUCCCCUGUCGCCCGACACUACCGAACCGGUUAUCUCCCCCCAGCUACCGGAUCACGACGACCAGCUGUCAUCAGACCCAAUUCCCCAUGGAUACGAGGUGGUGUCCCUGCUGGAAGCACUGAAUGGUCCCCUCACCCCUGCCUCGGCACCACCCCUGCGCCUGGUGAGGAACGGCCACCCUCCCUGCCCAAAGCCCCCCCUGGGCCAUGCUCAAAGGGCUCUUCCUGUGCACACUUUGUCUUCACUGGACCAUGGAACUGAGAGCAAAGAUGCACUCCAUCUGAAGGAGAGUGAGUUCAUGUCGCUGUCCCAGAAUUGCCCGGUGCUGGAGGAGGAUGAAGAGAGUUUGGGAAGUGACAGGGAGGUGCCGACAUCACCAGAGAAACAACUCCCUCAGGGGGUUGAGGAUCACCUGCAACAUCUGACCCCAGAGAAGCAAGGGGCUUGGACUGUGAUCGCUGUGGACACUGGGGUGACCUUUGACCUCCCAUUCCAGGAUUCCGGAGUGACCCCUGAGAGUGAGAACGUGACCCUGUCAUCUUCAGAAGUGAUGGAUGCUUCCUCGCGCACACCCACCAACCUCUGCUCCAGCAUCAGCUCUCCUGAAGACCCUGGCAGCAGCCUGGCACAGAGCGUGAUGUCAAUGGCCUCCUCGCAGCUCAGCACCGACACAAUCUCCUCCAUGUCAGGCUCCUACCUGGCCAACGGAGCCAACAGUCUGGCAGAGUGCGAUCCCGAGGACCGUCUCACCCUGCCUUCAACGGAGGAAGAGGAGAGGGAUGACAACGAGGAGGAGGAAGAGGAGGGAGAGGAUGAGGUGGAGGAGGAUGAAGAGGAGGAGGCUCCUCGGACACCAGAGGCUGAUGCUGAUAUGGGUACCAGCCGACGAGACUCUGAGGGUAACGCUGUUACCGAGGAGCGGGCGGGAGCUGCUGUCCGUGAGUCAAGUAUCCUUGGCUGGUGGGACCAGACUGGCGUCACGCCUGCCUGUGACAACAACAACAAGCCACCCGAGCUGAUUGGACUGGACAAUGACCCCUGUCCGGAGGUUGCCACACCUGGUACCCCUGUUGACGAGGGCAGGCCUGGCCAGUGGCCCUCGACCCCUGGAGCCCACGGCCCUGUCUAUGGAAGUCUUGCCGUGUGACCGAGGAUGUGACCCCAGACACAGUGCACACCCCUGGAGUAGAUGAAUGCUUCCUGCUGGAACACCAUCCACGUGCAACAAUCAGACCCCUGCCUUAGCUCACUCCCUCCAUAACUCUUCCUUCCGUCAUUCACCCUCCCUGUCUGACACUCCCAGAUCCUCCCUCCCUAUCCCUCACUCCCUCCAUAACUCUUCCUUCCGUCAUUCACCCUCCCUGUCUGACACUCCCAGAUCCUCCCUCCCUAUCCCUCACUCCCUCCAUAACUCUUCCUUCCGUCAUUCACCCUCCCUGUCUGACACUCCCAGAUCCUCCUUCCCUAUCCCUCACUCCCUCCAUAACUCUUCCUACCGUCAUUCACCCUCCCUGUCUGACACUCCCAGAUCACCUCUCCCUAUCCCUCACUCCCUCCUUAACUCUUCCUUCCGUCAUUCACUCUCCCUGUCUGACACUCCCAGAUCCUCCCUCCCUAUCCCUCACUUCCUUCUUAACUCUUCCUUCCGUCAUUCACCCUCCCUGUCUGACACUCCCAGAUCACCCCUCCCUAUCCCUCACUCCCUCCAUAACUCUUCCUUCCCAGACAUUCUGCCCUCACUCCCUAUUCCCCUCUCUCCUUCUUCCUCUCAAACUCCCUGCCCCGCACUCUCUAUUCCCCUCUCUCACACUCCCUGCCCCUCACUCCCUCUCGAUCCCUCACUCCUUCUUUCAUGAAGACUGUGACAUUCCUGGCAAGACUUGGCUCUGUGUUACAGUCUGCGCAUUGCCUCUCACUGUAGAUUAAAGGAACAAGA